UCAGCAAGCAUAACAACACAUGAGCUGUCUCAUUGCAUGUGUGUUUGAGGAACUGUGAGACAUGAUGUGGAUUUCUCUUUUUCUUAUCACACUUGCCUGGGUUUCUUCAACUCAAGCUGGAGACUACUGUGAAGAUGCCAUUGAAGAGUGCAAGAAAAGUGCUGGCCCCUGGACCAGGUGCUAUGAGGACAGAAUUGCAACCUGCACACCAAAAGGCCGUUUCUCGUUAAACUUCGUUCGUAUGAUGGUGAACUUCUCUCAGGAGGCUGAAGCGAGUCUCACUUCCACACACAGGAUUCACAUCCCGUCCUCAGCUCUCCAGAGAAGCAUGGGAGGUGUAAUUAACCAGGAUGUACUGGUGGUGGCCACAGUGAUCGAUAGCACUCACUUCAAGCAGAGUCCCUCUCGGGCAAGAGGAAAGGUGAUGCAAACCACACCCACAGUUUUGGGAGAGUCAGUCCUAGCAGUGAGGGCAGGGCACCACCCUGUCGGAAACCUCUCACAACCUAUCAAACUAAUGUUCCCACACAACAAAGAGGAGAAAGAUGGGAUUUGUGUGUUUUGGCAGGAGUCAGUUCUAGAGGAUGGAACAGGUCGCUGGAGUACAGACGGCUGCAACACCAGUGACAGUGGAUCUCACUUUAUUUGCAGCUGCAAUCAUCUCAGUUUUUUUGCUGUCCUUGUGAACCCUGUGUUAUCAGUGGAUGAAACCAGUUCUGUGAAUCUUAGCUAUAUCACCUACAUUGGAUCAGCACUCUCAGUCUUCUUCACAGUUAUCAGCUUGAUCAUCUAUAUAUGUCUACAGCGGCGGCGUCCAGAAAAAUCCAUCAGUGUGCACAUGCAACUAACAGGGGCACUGCUCUGCCUCCACUUCAGCUUCCUGCUGAGCUGCUUCUGGGUGUGGUUGAUGAAGGAGAAUAUGGAGGGCUGGGUUUGCCAGUUUCUGGGUCUCUUUCUGCACUGGUCCCUGCUGGCCACCAUCAGCUGGACGGCUUUGGAGGGAUUCCACCUCUACCUUCUCCUCGUCCGAGUCUUCAACAUCUACGUCAGGAGAUACCUGCUCAAACUCAGCCUGGUGGGAUGGGGUCUUCCCACACUGAUUGCAGUGGUUUGUGGGAUUUCACGUGUCUAUGGCAAAUUCAGUCUGGUACCUAGGGAUGACAAAAGCCACAAUUCAACAGCACAGAUAUGCUGGAUGAAGACAGAGUUCCCACAGAGGCUUGUAGUCAGCUACGUCACCACUGUGGCCUUUCCCUGCCUGGUGAUAGUGUAUAAUUCCUGCAUGCUGGGGGUGGUGGUGUUUAAGCUCUGGGGCUUGAGAAAAGGUAGUGAAAGCAGCAGUGUCUGGAAGAAGGUGAACCGAGAGAAAAGGACCACAUUACUGAAGGACUGUGCCACAGUGCUGGGACUUAGCUGCGUGCUGGGGUUACCUUGGGGGUUAGCGAGCACCACCUACUUCUCUCUCCUUGGGAUCUAUGUAUUCACUAUACUAAACUCCCUGCAGGGUGUGUUUGUGUUCCUGUGGUCCAUAGCUUUGAUCUGCAAAUCUCGAUCGGACAACAAUUCCUCAAGCAGAGACCCUUCCUCUCAGAAAAUGAUGACUACCAGUUUCAACAGCUGAUGUUCACAGCUAAAACAAUCAUCUAUUGCCUAUAUUAGGUCUUUACUGGCCUUUGGACUCCAGACAUAUUCAGUAUUUCAGUUAACUUAAAAGAUUAAAUUGAAAAUAAUACAUCAUGAACAGGAACUCUUCCACUAAUUUAUUUUUUUACAAUAAUAUAAUAAAAGUAUAAUUAUAACACAAUUGUGAUUCUUUUAUUUACAGUUAUAUCAAAUAUGGAAAAAGUUGUCAGUGAUUUACUUGAAUCAGUGAAUAAAACAAUCUCUCAGUCUUUUCUGCAAAAGUGA